AUGGUCCGCGAGGACCUCAUCACAUCGGCUGUGUCCUUCCUACAGGACCCGUCAGUAGCCAGCGCACCACUCGAAAAGCGUAUCGCUUUCUUGCAGUCAAAGAACCUCACACAAGAAGAGGUCGACGUCUCGCUCGCCCGCGCCGCAUCUGAAGAUCCCAGCCAUCCGGCCUCGCCAGCACCGCAGCACUCGUCUCCACCCAGUAAUGCAUAUCGCCCACCACCGGCAGCCCCAGGGUAUGGCGGUAGCUACCCUCCCCAGUACUGGCCGCAGCCACCAGCACCAGAGCCCCCCAAGCGCGACUGGCGCGAUUACUUCAUCAUGGCCACAGUCAUGGGCGGCGUGGGCUACGGUCUGUACUUCACUGCAAAGCGCUACAUCCUCCCUGUCAUCUCCCCACCCACCGCCCCCCAGCUCGAGCAAGACAAAGCCUCCAUCGACGAGUCUUUCAAACGCGCAUUCGAUUUGCUUGAGCAGCUGAACACCGACACCACUGCCCUCAAAGCUAGCGAGGAAGCACGCACAUCUCGUCUGGACAACGCGCUUGGCGAAGUCGAGAGCGUCUUAACAAGUCUGAAGGAGAGUAGCAAGAGGCAAGGGGACGACAACCGCCGGAUCGAGGAUGACGUUAGGGGUCUGAGAGAUUUGAUUCCCAAGGCGCUGGAUGCUCAGAAGGAAGCGAACGACAACAGGCUGAAAGAGCUGAGUACCGAACUGAAGAGCCUAAAGACACUGGUUGGGAACAGGAUGAGCGCUCCUGCUGCUGCACCUCGUGCAGCGUCGACAUCGUACUACGGCAUGCAGAACCAGCAAGGUCAGAGCCCUGCGCCCACAAAUGGCACAGCCACACCUGCGACAUCGACACCAGCACCGCAGGCGGCUUCGAGCGAGCAGUUGACUAACGGAUCCACAAACAACGAGACCCAGGUCAGCAGUGCCAUGCCGGGUGGUGCGAGCACUGGUGCUGCAAACGGUACCACCAGCACAGCGUCGACCAACACACCCGCAGCAGAGAAGCCAGUGCAGUCAUGGAGGGGAACACAGGGGCGCGCUGCGAUUCCAGCGUGGCAGAUGGCUGCAGCGAAGAAGAACGAGGAGGCCAAGAAGGACACAUCGGCGAGCGGCACCGUAGAGGCUAGCUCGAGUUCAUAG